GGCCCAGAGUUUGGGCAGGGUGUGGGUGGAGGCCCGGAAAUGGGGGCACAGGACCGAAUCUCCCCGUGCCCCUCCUUUCUGUUCCUAAGUACUCCCUCCCCAGGGGCCUCAGCAGCAGCCUGGGGGCAGAGCCCUGGCAAGCAGAUGAUGUGAGGUGACAGAUCACUACCUUCCCCUUCUCCUGCUCCCUCCUCUUGCCCCCCCCCCCCCCAUCAGCCCACAUGGAGUGGGGACGGGAGAGCCUGCGCCCUGCUGGGAGCUGCCGCAAGGGUGCAGGUGAUGGGGGCGCCCGGUCCCUCACUGCAGGUGCCCUGAGGAGUCCCGUCCCUGCACCAGGUCAGUUACGUGCUUAGCAGGAGCCAGACCCCGUGCAAAGUUCCUCACAUGCUGGUUCACUGGAGCCUCACAACAGGCUCAGGAAGUGGGGAUCGUGAGCACAAGUUACAGAAAAUGAGGUGGGGAGGCGCUCAGGACCCCCAGCGGGUCAUAAUUCGUAGCCAGUCCCAUGGGGCUCCCUCUGCACUUUUCGGGGCCUCAGCAUCCUCUGUACAACGGGCCUGAUGCUAAUGCCCACCCCCUGGGUUGCCAGGGGCUGUGCCCCAGUGCCCAGAAUAGGACCUGGCCCCUCUCGGGGCCCCGGGAACACUUGAAGAAGGAUGCAGGUGGCCAGAUGGCCAUCAGGUGACACUGACAGGAGCCUAGCUGCGAGCUCCACGUGGCCUUGCUCCGCCCUCAUCCCUCAGGGCUCUGAGCAGCUUCCCCAGGUGGUGGUUUGGGUUUUCACUCCAGCCUCAGACUUCCUUCCCCAGCCCCAGCCAGCCCCCGGAUGUGGUGGCAGUCACUGCUGUACCGACCUCAGCUGCCCCCAGCAGCCCUUUAGCGGGAGGGGGGCUCCUCUUGAGGCCCCCAUCCCCAACCAGCCCUGCUGGUCUGGAACCCAGGUGGGCGGGUGGCCCAUCUACUGGGAUGCCUUUGAAGCUCAAAGUCAGGCCUUGACCCCUCAGUGGAGGGGGUGGGGUGGCAGCAAGUCUAGUGGUGAUCUUGGACAAGUCAUUUUGCCCCUAGGGGGUUCAGUUUCCUGAAUGUAAACUAAAUGGCGGCCACUCUUUAUUAUUAGCUGGGGAGGAGAAAUCCAGUCUGAGUUGCUCCUGAAAGGGCUAGAAGAGCUGUUUUAGCACAAGCCUGGCACACAGUAGGCCGGCAUUCAAUGCUUGCUGGAUGACUGACAGAAUGAACGGACUCCUAAACACCUGAGAGCUUGAGGUGCCCACCCCUUUAUCUCUGCAAAGUUCAGUGCCGGCCACCACCUACUGAACUUCAGCCCUGUGCCACGAUCUCAGUAAUCCCCCCAAAGACCCUCUGGGCUCAGUCCGAUUACUGUUCCAUCUAAGAAACAGGCUCGGGGGAAGCCACCUACCUAAAGUCACAGAGAGAGACAGACACGUGCACGCUGCCCCCGGAAAACAAUCAGUUCAUCGAGGACGUGGGGUGGGUGUGCUGUCUUCCCUAGUUACUAUGGCCCCUUAAGGCACCCCCAGGUCUGUGGCUCUUCACUCUCCUGAGGGCUGGGGCAGAGUGGGGAGCUGAUGGAGGGAAACUACACCCCUUCUCCACCCGCCCUGUGCCUGACCGGCCCUGCACAGAUAUCCCAGCCCCGGCCCCUCCAGUUGCCUCCAUGCACCUCGUCAAGGCUGCCAGAGACAGACAGGAGGCAAGGACCUUUGGCAGAUCCGGAGGCCUCUGUCUUCCCACCUGUGUAAUGGGCUGGGGAUCUCUACAGCACCGCCUCCCCUGGGCAGGGGUGGGGGAUGGGGAGGACGACGCUCUUGAGAAGAGGUGGGCCGAGCCCAGAGGUCCGAGAGCGGGCUGGACCUGACACCAGUUUCCCACCCUUUCCCCUGCGGUGGGCGCCGGAUGCAGGCCAGGCUAGACUAGACGGCCCCCUUCCUUAAAGGGCCAGGCGCCUCCUCAGCCCCGGCCCCACGACGGUGGCUCGCCCCUCCUCUCCAGCUCAGGGAAUAGUUAACUUUCCAGACUUGGGUGUGUUGGGGGAAGGAAUCAGUCCCGGAUCCCUGCCCUGCAUCUCGCACCCCAGACACCCGGACCCGGGCGGGGCAGGCGACGCCCCCAACCCCGAGGUGCCGGGCCCGCCCUCCGCUUCCGCCCCCGGCCCCCAGCAGGCUCCGCCCCUCUCCGACGUCACCGAGGCCCGCGCGGAUUGGCCGACUGCGCCAGCGCUCGGGACACUUCCUCCUGGGCCGCAGCCGCAGAGUUAAAACUUUGGAGGGGGAAAAAGAGCCACCGGCGCCGAGCGCCGGGUGACCCUCCCUUCCCCCCACCAAACUGCCGCCGGUAACGCCCCCUUCUCCGCGGCCCCCGACCGAACUUUUCUCCAACUUCUGAGACCCGUGAGAUUCCCCCUUAGCACCCCGGCCCUCGGGAUCCCUUUGCCCAUCCCCGGGCCCGUCGGAUCCUUGGGAUCCCCUCGAUCCCCGACUCAGAGACUCUUGUCCUCCACCCCCAAGGUCUGAUGAAUCCCGCGGACCGCCUUAAUUGGAUCCUCGUCUUAGAGCCACUGUAUUCUGGGAUUCCCCGCUGCUGCCUUCUCAAGCCUCUCUCUCCUCAAGGGGCUUUGGAUCCUGGGCUCUCCUGAUCCCUGAGAUUCCGACCUACUAGAUUUUCUUGAUUUCUUGUAAUCUCUCAAGCCCUGGGUCCCUCAAACCAUUAGAUUUCUCCUUUAUGACUCCCGAGCGUUUGACCCACUAGAUUGCCUUUCUUUAAUUUCCCAGGGUCCCGCCAUCCUCGAGUGCCCUCAACCUGCUAGAUUUCUUUUCUCGUAUCCCCGGGAUUCCCGCGCUCCCACCACCAUCUUACGGGCUCCCUCGGAUCCAGUGACCCGGGUUCCCCGGGCUCCUUCAGCCUCAUCCCGGGUGGGCGCCGGGCGGCGGGUCCCGGGACUCUCCCCCCCCCGCCCCCCAUGGCCGCCUCCCCUUCCCAUCUCGCCGGGCUCCCAGGCUCUCCCGGGCCGGGGUCUCCUCCGCCCCCCGGCGGCUUGGAGUUGCAGUCGCCACCACCGCAACUGGCCCAGGUCCCAGCUCCAAGCUCCGGGGUCUCCUUCCACAUCCAGAUCGGGCUGACCCGCGAGUUUGUGCUGCUGCCCACCGCCUCUGAGCUGGCCCAUGUGAAGCAGCUGGCUUGCUCCAUCGUGGACCAGAAGUUCCCCGAGUGUGGCUUCUACGGUCUUUACGACAAGAUCCUUCUCUUCAAACAUGACCCCACGUCGGCCAACCUCUUGCAGCUGGUGCGCUCGGUGGGAGACAUUCAGGAGGGCGACCUGGUGGAGGUGGUCCUGUCGGCUUCGGCCACCUUCGAGGACUUCCAGAUCCGCCCGCACGCCCUCACGGUGCACUCCUACCGAGCGCCGGCCUUCUGUGAUCACUGCGGGGAGAUGCUCUUCGGCUUAGUGCGCCAAGGCCUCAAGUGUGAUGGCUUAAGGGCGGAGUUUGGCUCCGGGAAGACCUGGAGCCCCAGCCCCAGCCGCGCCAAGGGCGGACCACCUCACCUGGAGCACCUCUUCCAACAGAGGAAGCGGCACUAUUGGCGCCUGGACUGCAAGUGCAUCACGCUCUUCCAGAACAACACGACCAACAGAUACUACAAGGAAAUUCCAUUGUCAGAAAUCCUCACCGUGGAGCCUGCCCAGAACUUCAGCCUUGUGCCACCAGGCACCAACCCCCACUGCUUUGAGAUCGUCACUGCCAAUGUCACCUACUUUGUGGGCGAGACGCCUGGCGGGGCCCCAGGGGGGCCUAGUGGGCAGGGGGCUGAGGCUGCCCGGGGCUGGGAAACGGCCAUCCGCCAGGCUCUGAUGCCAGUCAUACUCCAGGACGCACCCAGCGCCCCAGGCCACACACCCCACAGACAAGCUUCUCUGAGCAUCUCCGUGUCUAACAGCCAGAUCCGAGAGAACGUGGACAUCGCCACUGUCUAUCAGAUCUUCCCGGAUGAGGUGCUGGGCUCCGGGCAGUUUGGAGUGGUCUAUGGAGGAAAGCACCGGAAGACAGGCCGGGACGUGGCAGUCAAGGUCAUUGACAAACUGCGUUUCCCCACCAAGCAGGAGAGCCAGCUCCGGAACGAAGUGGCCAUUCUGCAGAGUCUGCGGCACCCCGGGAUUGUGAACCUGGACUGCAUGUUUGAGACACCUGAGAAGGUGUUUGUGGUGAUGGAGAAGCUGCACGGGGACAUGCUGGAGAUGAUCCUCUCCAGUGAGAAGGGCCGGCUGCCCGAGCGCCUCACCAAGUUCCUCAUUACACAGAUCCUGGUGGCUCUGAGACACCUUCACUUCAAGAACAUCGUCCACUGUGACUUGAAACCGGAAAACGUGUUGUUGGCAUCAGCCGACCCCUUUCCUCAGGUGAAGCUGUGUGACUUCGGCUUCGCGCGCAUCAUCGGCGAGAAGUCGUUCCGGCGCUCGGUGGUGGGCACCCCUGCCUACCUGGCGCCCGAGGUGCUGCUCAACCAGGGCUACAACCGCUCGCUGGACAUGUGGUCGGUGGGCGUGAUCAUGUACGUCAGCCUCAGUGGCACGUUCCCCUUCAACGAGGACGAGGACAUCAAAGACCAGAUCCAGAACGCCGCCUUCAUGUACCCAGCCUGCCCCUGGAGCCGCAUCUCCUCCGGAGCCAUUGACCUCAUCAACAACCUGCUGCAGGUGAAGAUGCGCAAGCGCUACAGCGUGGACAAGUCUCUCAGCCACCCCUGGUUACAGGAGUACCAGACGUGGCUGGACCUCCGAGAGCUGGAGGGGAAGAUGGGCGAGCGGUACAUCACGCACGAGAGUGACGACGCGCGCUGGGAGCAGUUCGUGGCAGAGCACCCUCUGCCCGGGCCCGGGCUGCCCCCCGAUGGGGACUUCGGUGGGGACUUCGGUGGGGCCCUCCCGCCGCAGGACCGCGAGAUGCAGGGGCUGGCCGAGCGCAUCAGCAUCCUCUGAGGCGUCGUGCUCCCACCUUGGCUGCCCCAUGAUGCUGUCCUCUGGUCCCCGGAGAGCGCCCCUCUGCACCGUCUCAGCGAGGAACUGUUCUAAACAGAAGCGCUUCCUGCCCAAGAUGGAUGGGACACACCCCAGGAGAGGAGCAGGGCGGGGGCCCGUGGCGGGUCAGGGAUAGUUAUUUCCAACCUGAAUUCCCCAGCAAUUAAAACGAACUCAUCUGUGGCCCCGUGGCCUUGGUCUCUGGCCA